AUGGAUCGAGCGGUGCACAAAAUAACCGCUUCAUCAUUUUCUCUGUCAAUCUAUCUAUCUAUCUAUCUAUCUAUUUCGCACUCUAACACUUUUCCUCUCUCUCCGAGUUAUCUCCCUUGUCAUUUUCUUUUUUUAUUUGUCUCUCUCUUUUUAACACAUUUUUCAUUUGUCUUUCUAUCACACUUGCUCCUCUCUCGAGAUGAAUUAUCGCCCUUGCAAUUUUCUAACACCCCCCCCGCUCCUUUCUAUCUAGCCUACUCUCUAUCAUUCUUCUGCUUCUUUUUCCUCUUUCUUUGUAACUACGCCAUUGCAACUAAGCUUUCUCCUUUUUCAUUUAAUAUGCCCCCCUCACCUUUCUCUUUUUCUUCCCUUUUCCUUACAGCUAAGCUUUCUCCUUUUUCAUUUAUAUGCCCUCUCUUUUCUCUUUUCUUCUUGCCCCUUACUCCUUCUAACCCCUCUCUUUUCUUUUACACCUUUUCCAAGCUUUUCUCCUUUUCAUUUAAUAUGCCCCCCUCUUUUCUCUUUUCUUCCUAA